GGGAAGCACGGGGAGGGGCGCUUCCUGUGGUGUCCCGGAAAUCGCCUCAAUGGGUUUUUUAAAAGACCACCUCCUCCAACCCCCCCCCCUCCCCCCCCGCCCCGGGCUCGGGGCCUGAAACAGAGCGGAAUCCUGCGUUAUUGUUAGAGCUGCUCCCGGGGGGAGGCGGCUCGGGGGCAAGAUGCGGGAGAACCUCGGGCUUUGUUCUUCUUGUUUGUGGAGCCCUCCGAAGUCGUUUGUCUUGGCCUAUUUCCACUUUGCCGCCUCCUGCCCUCCUGCCGUCCCUUCCACCCCCGGGCUAGGGAGAGCGGUCAGCGGGAAUGGGCCCCCUCCCUUGGCCACCGAUGCCCGCGGCCCGAGGCAGAAAACAGCACUAGGGAAAUGAGUUAGAAUCUCCAGGGCUCUGACUGACGCCACAGGGUGUGCGUCUCGCUGGAAGACUGUGGCGCCGUGAUCUCUCUCCUUGGGGGGAGGGGGGGUUAAAGAUGAUUACACCCGGCAUCUGAGUGUAGUCCUUCAGCCCGGAAGCACAUGUAAGUGCCUGCUAGGAGGCAAGCCUGGGCUCAGGGGAGAGCGUGUGGGGGGAAGUCUCAAGGAGCUCAGAAUUAACGGGGAAAACAAAUCUGCACCAACACCUUAUGCGGGAGAGAACUGCAGAUUUGUGCCAACAGCUUAUGCGGGAGAGACCUGCAGAUUUGUACCAGCAGCUUAUGCGGGAGAGAACUGCAGAUUUGCGCCAACAGCUUAUGCGGGAGAGAACUGCAGAUUUGCGCCAACAGCUUAUGCGGGAGAGACCUGCAGAUUUGCGCCAACAGCUUAUGCGGGAGAGACCUGCAGAUUUGUGCCAACAGCUUAUGCGGGAGAGACCUGCAGAUUUGCGCCAACAGCUUAUGCGGGAGAGAACUGCAGAUUUGUACCAACAACUUAUGCGGGAGAGAACUGCAGAUUUGUACCAACAACUUAUGUGGGAGAGAACUGCAGAUUUGCGCCAACACCUUAUGCGGGAGAGAACUGCAGAUUUGCGCCAACAGCUUAUGCGGGAGAGACCUGCAGAUUUGCGCCAACAGCUUAUGCGGGAGAGACCUGCAGAUUUGCGCCAACAGCUUAUGCGGGAGAGACCUGCAGAUUUGCGCCAACAGCUUAUGCGGGAGAGACCUGCAGAUUUGUGCCAACAGCUUAUGCGGGAGAGACCUGCAGAUUUGUGCCAACAGCUUAUGCGGGAGAGACCUGCAGAUUUGCGCCAACAGCUUAUGCGGGAGAGAACUGCAGAUUUGUACCAACAACUUAUGCGGGAGAGAACUGCAGAUUUGUACCAACAACUUAUGUGGGAGAGAACUGCAGAUUUGUCCAGAGCAACUGAGGCACACCAUUUAUAUAAGAAUGGGGAAGACAUGGACACAUUUGUAAGCAGUAAGGAAGGAGCCAGUAGACAGGAAGAAUUUGAAGAUAAGUAAUGGAGAGGAAUGACAGAGGGAGUCAAGACAGAAUAGGAUCCUUUGUGCAGGUAAAAGGAUGAGUCAAGUCACUUCUGUAUGUGAAAUGGGUGAAGGAGGAAAUAGUUGCAGAAAGCAUUAAAGCAUUUGAGUAAUGAGGAAGAAAGAUGUCACAGUGAAUUGACCUUUUUUUUUUUUUUUUUUAAUAUGAGGCAAAGUUCUUAGUUGAGAAGGUGGGAAGAGGGAGAACCAUGGAAAGUUUGAGAAGGAAUGAAAAGUUGGGGAAGAGCCAGUGUGGAGAGUUAGUCAAUAAAGAAGAUAUAGUGAAAUUGCUUAGCAAAAAUGAAGGCCUUAUGAGGUUGUGUAACAUAAACUUGUAAUGAACCCAGUCAGAAUGGUUGUGUAAUUUUCUUCCCUUUCAUUCAGCAGCUGGUAUGUAGGAAUGAAGGAUGUGAUCCAAGGCUGAAACAUAGCUAGAUAAUUUAGUGAUAGAAAGGUGCCAAGAAAGUAGAUGCUGUAGAGUUGAUCUGGUUCACCAACCAGUAAAGGUAGGGAAAAGGAGAAAGUGGCUAGUGUAGGGGUGAGAGCCUGGAAGAAAACAGAGUGGUUGAGGAUUUGGAGGUCAAAAGGUUAGAUGAGGAAGAGAGACAGUGUGAUAUAUUGGAAAGAGGUCUGAUUCAUAUUAGAAGUGUGGUCAUAGGCAAGUCACUCAGCCUGUGUUGGCCGCUUUUUGUGACAUUUGCAGUUCAUCUGAACUGGUCUUCUGACUGUUCUUCACACAGAACAUCAUACAUCCUGGUGCUGUGACUUUGCACAGGCAACAUGAGGGUGGAUUCUACGUUGAGGUUGUGAAGCUGGGUGAUCUGGUGCACUGAGAAGUAAUCCCCAAAUCCAGAAGAGGUAGGAUUUUGAGGGAAAAGACAAUGAGUUCUAUUUUGGACAAAACAAGUGUGAUAUGCCUAUGAGUGACAUCUAUUUUGAAAUAACCAAAAGGUAUUAAAUGAUUCUGUCAUGAUUCUAUCACCCAAUAUCUUUAUGUGCUAAAUUUUUUUUCCUAAAAAAUCUCCCAUUUUCAUAUGAGAAGCCAAUGUUUCUGUUUGUACCUUAGUCACCAAUAAGCUAACCAUUUAUAUUAAACAUUUCUUUUACUGAUCUUAGCUUCUGAUAAGAAGCAUAGGAAGUAUCAUAUAUUUUGUAAGACAAUAUAAUUAAACUCACCCUUCUUUAUAUUUUGAUAUUAUUGCCAACACGAUACCAGCAAAUAGAAUAAGUAAUACUGUACCCAAAGAAAUGCCUAGGCAGAAAAGUAGAAACGUUAACUACCAGGAAAAAUGGGGCCGACAGGUUUCUUAACUUUUAUGACUUAUUAGAAAAUUCCUCUUUAGUCAUAGUUGAAUUCUUUUAGAUUAACAGAUAUCAAUUUAUUAAUAUGGUUUAUAUAUGUGUUAUAUAUAACAUGUAUAUAACAUAUACAUGUUAUAUGAGGUUAUAUGAGUAUAAAUCCUAUAGGGGGUUCAGGAUCAAACCUUGAAGGCCAAACAUUUAAGUAUCAAACAUGUUUAAUCAAAUGGCUAAAUUUAUAAAAUAUAAAAUUUUAUAAUCUAUUAUUUUGUCUUAACAGCACCAUUCUAGUCAAAUAAUUAGACUGGGAACCAGUAUCAAUCUUUUUCUCCUCCCCACAUAAUACAUAUAUGAAUGUAUUUCAUACUAACAGGUCUUCUAUUUCUUCCAGCUAUAGGUUGCUUCAAGUAGACUGUUACUAUCAAUUAGACAGAAUAAUCUGAAAAGAUUAUAUUAACAUAAAACAAACUUUUCCCAACAUCAAAAGCCAGAGCUUUUUUUGGAAUUUUUCUUUAGGUGUAUAAAGAUCUGAAUUGUAACUCUAAAGAGUAUCACAUGUUUAUAUAAUGGUUUAAAAUGAAAAACUAAUAUUUAGGUAGAAAAAAGAAGUCUGGAUUGAUUCAUAAAAGCGACUAUUACUUUUCUAAAGUUAGUCGUUAAAACUUACCACCGAGAACAAGAGGACCUUGGGAGCCUAGAAGGGAAGAAUAAUUCACUGGGGAAAAAACAUGAAAAUAUCAGUUUAAGAAUUUAGCAUAACCUCAAAAUAGAUUCUUACAAUGUCAUCAUGAAACUAAUAUAAGAACUUUCAGAAAGAUUUGACAAAACAAUCAUUUUAGCUUUUGUAUUUGAUCACAUGAUUUAAAAAAAUUAUUAAAAAAUACCAUGACAAGAAAACCAAGUGAAAUGUGUUCAACUUGCUAUUUGGGGAACAUCAGUGCUAUGAAACAAAUUACAUUUUAUACACACACACACACACACACACACACACAUACAUACACACACAUUUGUCUACAUAUUAUGUAGUCAGAAUUAUAGAUCAGAGAUUUCAAAUUGAAAGAGAACUCAAAGUCAAGUCCAAUCUCCUACAGAAGAAGAGACUGAGCCUCAUAAAGGUAGGGCUACUUGCUAAAAAUUACACAAAUAAGUCACAAUGGCGAGAUCUGAACUGUAUCCAAUGAUAUAUCACACUUGGAUAAUUAUCUGUAGAUGUGAACAGUAACAUUUUUUAAAUUGAUUUUUUUAUUAUAGCUUUUUGUUUAUAAAACAUAUGCAUGG